AGGAGGGACAUCCUCCGGUCCUCUGUCACUUCCGGAAGUGACGUCGGAGUGUCAACAUGCAAGAUGGCGGCCCAUCACCGGCAGAACACGGCCGGGCGGAGAAAAGUGCAGGUGUCUUACGUUAUUCGCGAUGAGGUCGAGAAGUACAAUCGCAAUGGCGUCAAUGCUCUGCAGCUGGACCCAGCGCUGAACAGACUGUUCACGGCCGGCCGGGACUCCAUCAUACGGAUAUGGAGUGUCAGUCAGCACAAGCAAGACCCAUAUAUAGCAUCUAUGGAACAUCAUACAGAUUGGGUGAAUGACAUAGUUCUCUGUUGCAAUGGGAAAACAUUAAUAUCUGCUUCUUCCGACACAACAGUCAAAGUGUGGAACGCACAUAAGGGCUUCUGCAUGUCAACACUGAGGACACAUAAGGAUUAUGUGAAGGCCUUAGCCUAUGCCAAGGACAAGGAACUGGUAGCCUCAGCUGGAUUGGACAGGCAAAUAUUCCUUUGGGAUGUGAAUACUCUAACAGCAUUAACUGCGUCAAAUAACACUGUCACAACUUCUUCUUUAAGUGGGAACAAAGAUUCCAUUUAUAGCCUGGCCAUGAAUCAACUGGGAACAAUCAUUGUAUCAGGGUCCACAGAGAAGGUUUUAAGGGUAUGGGAUCCCAGAACAUGUGCAAAACUAAUGAAGCUAAAAGGGCAUACGGAUAACGUGAAAGCCUUGCUGUUGAACAGAGACGGCACGCAGUGCCUCUCCGGAAGUUCAGAUGGGACAAUCCGCCUUUGGUCCCUUGGCCAGCAGAGGUGCAUCGCGACAUACCGAGUGCAUGAUGAAGGCGUGUGGGCCCUGCAGGUCAAUGAUGCCUUCACACACGUGUACUCUGGGGGCAGGGACCGGAAGAUUUACUGUACAGACCUGAGGAGCCCCGACAUCCGCGUGCUGAUUUGUGAGGAGAAAGCCCCCGUUCUCAAGAUGGAGCUCGACAGAUCAGCCGAUCCCCCUCCUGCGAUCUGGGUGGCGACAACCAAGUCUACAGUAAAUAAGUGGACGUUGAAGGGAAUUCAUAAUUUCAGAGCAUCUGGAGAUUAUGACAAUGACUGCACAAAUCCCAUAACACCCCUUUGCACACAGCCUGACCAGGUUAUUAAAGGGGGUGCUAGUAUUAUUCAGUGUCACAUUCUUAAUGAUAAGAGACAUAUAUUAACCAAAGAUACCAAUAAUAACGUGGCAUAUUGGGAUGUAUUAAAGGCAUGUAAAGUUGAAGAUCUCGGCAAAGUGGAUUUUGAGGAUGAAAUUAAGAAAAGAUUUAAAAUGGUGUAUGUGCCAAAUUGGUUCUCUGUAGACUUGAAGACAGGGAUGUUGACCAUUACGUUGGAUGAGAGCGACUGUUUUGCUGCUUGGGUUUCUGCAAAAGAUGCUGGCUUCAGCAGCCCUGAUGGGUCAGAUCCAAAGUUGAACUUAGGAGGCCUUUUACUCCAAGCACUUCUAGAAUAUUGGCCUAGAACACAUGUGAAUCCAAUGGAUGAAGAAGAAAAUGAAGUAAACCAUGUGAAUGGGGAGCAGGAGAACCGAGUACAGAAGGGCAACGGCUACUUCCAGGUGCCCCCUCACACACCAGUGAUCUUUGGGGAAGCCGGAGGCCGCACGCUCUUCAGGCUGCUCUGCCGAGAUUCUGGGGGUGAGACGGAGUCCAUGCUUCUCAAUGAGACAGUGCCACAAUGGGUCAUCGACAUCACUGUGGACAAAAAUAUGCCCAAAUUCAACAAAAUUCCUUUCUACCUCCAACCUCAUGCAUCUUCAGGAGCAAAAACCUUAAAAAAAGACAGACUGUCUGCUAGUGACAUGCUCCAGGUCCGCAAAGUCAUGGAGCACGUGUACGAGAAAAUCAUCAACUUGGACAAUGAGUCUCAAACCACGAGUUCCUCUAACAAUGAAAAACCAGGAGAACAGGAGAAAGAGGAGGAUAUUGCUGUGCUGGCAGAGGAGAAAAUUGAACUUUUAUGCCAGGACCAGGUUUUGGACCCAAAUAUGGACCUUCGGACAGUGAAACACUUCAUAUGGAAAAGUGGUGGUGACCUUACCCUGCACUACCGUCAGAAGUCCACGUGAAGGGCGGGCUGACACUCCUGGGUAUCAUUUGCCACCUUCCUCUCUGGCCCCGCGAGUAGUCCUUGGAAGCCCACCGAGCCCCCACAGGAGCCACACUUCUGACGGCCAACUUGGUGUGGACAGAGCUUCCCUUCCCACUGAAGUGACUAAUCGAGAUGUACUAUAGAAACAGUCUCCGUGUAGCUUAAGCUGUCCCCAGGGAAGCAGAGAGCAGAGGAGCCCCGGGCAACCUGUGGGGGAGACGAACAGAGAAAUGACCACAGGCCAGGGCAGACUUGGCUUCCUCUUGUUUCCAAGGACCUUGUCUUUGUUAGCACUUGUUAGAGACGCAUCCAGUUGGGCUGCAUCUGUCACUGUGUUUCCAUUUCAAACCCACAUGCUCUAUAGCUUUUCUAAGAGACUACAUUCCAUUCAUUCAGUACCUAGGAAGGCUUUUUCCAAGUUUGUCAUAAAAAAAAAACAAAAAAAAAAACUUACCAAAUUGUUUUCACCAGUUAAGACAGUUAUUUUUAACGUGAAUUGCUGUUGCACAAUUCGAGAGCCAGCCCAUUUCGUAAUAAACGAUUCCUAUUGGGCAUUUUUUUUUAAUAUUGCAUCUCAGAUGUGUUCUUGUAGAAAGAUCUGGUGCAAUUGCAGGUGCCGGAUUACAGCCCUUGGGCUGCUGGGCCAGAGCGUGCACAGCAUCCUGCCGCACAGUUCCCCUCCCUCCUGCGGCUAGGACCCCAGGGUCUCCCUCCAGGGUGGCAGUAGGACACCAUCAGAACGUAAGGCCAGAAUGAAAUUUCAGUUUCAUUCAUAUGCUGCCAAAAGCAUAUGGUGUCCAAGUAGAGGGGCUAGCGUGAGCAAGUUUGACAGGCAUGUCCUCAAAGUCUACAUAUUUGUUUUUCCAAAAUUUUUAUAUGCAGGUUUUUGUUUUAUCUGUAGCCAGGUCUUCUUUUCACUGUUCUUUCUAACGACCUAAAGCUUUCACAGAAAUCAUUUGGAUCUUGUACAGAAUUUAACUUAUUGGGGAUACACAUGACACCUUUUGGCAGGAAAUUCUUUGGAUUCUUCCCUAGUUAUUUGUAUUCAAAAUAGAUCGAUGGCCACCCCUCCCCCCACCCCUGAAAAUGCACACAAUGAGCCUCCUGUCAGCAGCCAGAAGCACAAGUGCCUUCCGAGGGCAGUUGAUUCCAGGCCGGCUGCCUCCCCAGCUCACUUGGGACAUGGGCCCUGGGGCCUGGGGCCAGGGAGGGGGUGGGAAGGUUCUUUCUUUACUCCAUCUCCACAGGUUCCAAUAGGGGGUGGGGGGAAGGGGUUAGCCGACGGCCUCGCUCCAUCUCUUCCCCUGGCACUGUCCUGACCUGCACGACUGUGGCCAGGGGUUCCUUGCCACUGGCCAGCUUCCUCUGCAAUGUGGACAGGUCACUGCCGCCUGCACUUUGAAGACGUGAGCAGAGACAUGGCUGCUCAGCCAGUGAGCUAAAAACGCUCCCUCCCCCUCCCUCAGAGGGCAACCGGCUGCUGGGCUUUUUUCCUUUUCUUAAGUCCUUUCUAUUUGUUGGAUACAGCAGUGUGCUUUUGGUGCACAUUUUUUUUAGCAAUAGUUGUGAAUUAAUGGCAAAAAAAAAUGAAAAAAAAAAAAGGAAAAGAAAAAGAAACCUAUCUCCCAGCCGACAGUUGUGUGUGCUCGAGGGGCCUGGAGCAAAAGGCAAGGCUUUGCCUGGGUUGCUCUGCCCCACGUGCUGAGCCUGGGGUGCCUGCACUCACCCCCAGCAUGACUUUCCUUCUAGUCAAACCGUAACACCAUUUCCAGAACAUUGGAGUCUGCCAUGCCAAAAGGGUCAAGUACCGUAUUUCACAGUUGUAUAGAAUAAAAGCUUUAGUUAAAAUA